AUCUUCAAGACCAGAGGCAUUGUCGCACAAAGUGUGCUCAAAAUGAGCAAAAUCCGUUUUCUCCAUCUCGGAUAACCAUUCAGAUUCCGAAGACCGAUGAAGAAGAACAGGCCGUAUCAGACGGAGAUCCUUUAAGGUUGGUAGAAUUACACCAUGAGGUCUUGCCCCGCUCCUACUUUGUUGAAGUACCCCACAUAAACCAGCUAAAUUCUUGGGAUUGCGGCCUCGCCUGUGUUCUGAUGAUCCUGAAAUCUCUUGGGAUCACCUGUAAUUUUGAGGUGUUAAGUGAAUUGUGCUGCACAACAAGCAUUUGGACCGUUGAUCUCGCAUAUCUGCUGCUUAGGUUUCCUGUCAGUUUUUCCUUCUUCACGGUAACUGUUGGGGCCAACCCAAAUUAUUCUGGCGAAACAUUUUACAAGGAGCAGUUACCUAAUGAUUUGGGGCGAGUUGAUAUGCUAUUUCAAAAGGCACGGGAAGCUGGAAUUAAUAUAAAUUGCAGUUCAAUCAGUGGUGAAGAAAUCUCUGUCUUGAUUUUGUCGGGGAAGUAUAUUGCAAUUGCGUUAGUCGACCAAUACAAGUUGAGUCAGUCUUGGCCUGAGAAUUUAAGUGUUUCGAGCUUAUUUGCCAGCAACUCCGGCUACACUGGUCACUAUGUCGUGAUUUGCGGCUAUGACACUGAUGCAGAUGAGUUUGAGAUUAGAGAUCCCGCAAGUUCCAGGAAACAUGAGAGGGUCUCUUCAAAGUGCCUAGAAGAAGCACGGAAAUGCUUUGGUACUGAUGAGGAUCUUCUUUUGAUAUCUUUGGAGAAGAGUGAGAAGCAAAACAGCCCUUCAGUGCAACUUCAUCCAGAUGUGAAUAUUCAUUUGUGAUUUAUUUUUCUUGGAUAUUCUUGGCUUCUUAAAUCAUUCUCUUGCAUAUAUAACAAGUUGUUUGUUGUAUAGUAUUUACUUUAAGAAAUGAGAGUUUUGAGUUGUCAUUGUUUGUUAUCCCAGUAUUAAACACCAGUUGGUAACUACUCGGGAUUACGUAGAUUGUAGCUCUAUAAUGUAUUUUAUACAAAUCGAACAUGAGUUGUACAAAACCAUGUAGUAUUUACUUAAUUUGAAUUGAAAUUUGUGUAUUGUUUCC